AUGACAUCAAACGAAUCAAGAGAAAUUGUUGUAUAUAGAACCUUUAAGGAUUUUUAUCCAUUUUAUUUAGUUCAACACUCAAAUAGAAUUAAUAGAAGACUUCAUUUUGUUGGUACCUCAUUAGCACUUUUAACCCUCGGUUAUUCAUUAUAUGCCAGAAAUCCAAAUUUCAUUUUAUUAGCUUUAGUUUUAGGUUAUGGUUUUGCCUGGGUUGGUCAUUUCUUCUUUGAAAAAAAUCGUCCAGCUACUUUCAAAUACCCAGUUUUCAGUCUUCGUGGUGAUAUGGUCAUGUGGAAAUCAAUGAUCACUGGUAAACUCAAGAUUUAA